AUCUUCACAUAUUAACAACAACUACUACAACUCCCAUUCACACCUUACGCCUUUGUUUUUCGGCUCCUUCUGCAUAUUCUAUCCACUGUCGCUUUCUCACACUACUAUCUCCCGGAUUUGCUUCGCUGCAUAUAUCUGCGAGACACCACCGUCGUUUUCUGGCAUCAUCGUUGUUGUGUUUGCUUUUCUCAACCUUGCCCCCCUAUCGCUUAACACAAACAUCCUAGCUAUACCAUACUACCAUGGCUCUGCGUUACUCGACUGCUGCCCUGGCAGCUCUCCUACCUUUCGUCUCCGCACAGACCUUUAGUGCUUGUAAUCCCAUGAAGAAGAGUGGUUGUCCAGAUAACCCCGCUCUACCCCAGACUUUCGAGUCCGACUUCCGCAAGGGCGAGAGCGCCUUCGAUGGCUGGAAUGCUAUCGCUGGACAGCUCAGCUACCAAGGAGAUGGUGCUCACUUCACCAUCGAGAAGCAAGGCCAGUCUACCACUAUUCAGACUGAUGGCUAUGCCAUGUACGGUCGCUUCGAGGUCCGGACGAAGGCUGCUGCGGGUACCGGCAUCGUUUCCAGUAUCGUUCUACAGUCAGAGUCCCUGGACGAGUUCGAUUGGGAGUUCCUUGGCUCGUCUCCCAAUGAAGUCCAGGUCAACUACUUUGGCAAGGGAGACACGACCACAUAUGACCGUAUGACUCGCAACCCUGUUGCCAAUGCCCAAGCCAACGUUCAUACCUACAUUGUUGACUGGAACGCCGAGCGUGCCGAGUUUUGGAUCGACUCUACCCGCGUGCGUGUCAUCACCCGCGCCGAGGCCAACGGAGGUGCAAACUACCCGCAAACACCCAUGAACCUCCGCAUCGGUAUCUGGGCUGGUGGUGACCCAAACAACGAGGAGGGAACCAUUGCAUGGGCUGGUGGCAAGACAGACUUCAGCCAGGCGCCUUUCACGCAGGUCCUUGAAAGCAUAAAGAUCACCAACUUCAGCCCCGGCAGUGCAUACAAGUGGACGGACAUGAGCGGCAACAGCGACAGCAUCGAGGUCGUUGGUGGCGAUGCGGUGCAGUCUCCAAGCAAGCCGGAUGAAGAGGCCCCAUCUUCCACACCCACUCCAUCUGCGGCGCCUUCAUCGUCCGGCGCAGAGUCUUCAUCUGCUCCUGAGUCUGCUGGCCCGAAGGAAUCGGCCGCUUAUGCCCCUGGUGGUCUUGGUGGUGGCAAUGGUGGUGUCACACAGCAAGCCACUACUCUUGCACCUGAGGCUACCGCAGUCGUCAACUGCUCAGCGGGUGCAACUGAUAGCUUCUGCCAGACCGCGGCCGUUGUCACUCCUGCUCCUACUCCUUCUGGUGCUGGCAAUGGCGGUGCCGGAACCCAGCCAACUGGCACUGGUGCUGCGCCUAGGGCCACUGCCAUCGGCGGUAUCGCUGUCGCGGCUGGUGUUGUCGCAGCUCUUCUUUCAUAGAGCAUAGAUGUUCGAGCUAGAAGGAUGGAAGAGGUCUUUAUUUUUUUCUGCUGUCAGAGUAGAGGUUGCAUAUGUGGUGUUGGGUAUCUGUCUUUUUCCUCCGUUGAUACAGAUCCGGAGAUGUAUGAGUAUCAUCAGAAUGUGAGCAUCUGCUUUAGACGUCUAAUAUCAAGUAGAACAUGUUAUGAGUGUGAGACAAUGAAAGAACUUUCGACAAGCGGCGUGUGAUAUGGCUCCAGUGACAGUUCGUGGACUCGCGUCAAUUGUAUGUGAUGGGUGAAGAAGCGGGGCACCUGUCCUGUUGAUGGAUGGCAGCAAAUGCUGACUCGGACGGCGUUUCACUGCUGCAGCCUGAGGCAGAAUUGCUCCGCGGGGUAGGCUCACGGGCGUACUUGUGGCUUAUUAAGCGAAUGCUGGCUGGCUGAUGUUAGUGCAAGUGAGGUCGAUCAGUGCAUCGGAACAAUCUACAUACAGG